UGAUGCGCAUCGUGUUCCGGGUGCAAAGAUGCAUUAUUAAUCUGGAGCCGGAUUACGAAGAAUCAGCAUUACGACUAUGCAGAAAUGUAAAAUUUACACGAUGACGUUGCGAUAAAUGGAUUUGUCAGUGGCAACUGUUUGAUUUCCGUUGAUCAAUAUUGCAAAUAAUUUGCAACAGAGCUGCAUUCCACGCAAGCGCCGGACGUUACGCUUUUUUCGUAUGACAAAUCGACUAACGUAAGCGCAAAAUUGCAUAUAUAAGUGCCAAUGUGUAGCAACCGCCCGCAUAGAUAUAUAAAAAUGGCACGAAAGAAAUCGUAUAAAAAUAAAAUCUCUCAUCGAGAGAAUCGCGAUAUAGCAUGGAUAUAUAUUUUGCAUACCUGCGGAUACAUUUUCCGCGUGUUACGAUACUUGAUCGUGUAAAAAGCGCAACGCGUUGCGCAAGGCACGUUAAUAAUGACACUAAAUAAUGAAAGACCGGGAUGUGCUUUCAGAUCGGCUUCGGCCGAGCGACGAUAAUCUUGUGCAACCGACAGAGAAAGGAGGAAGCCGAAUUCAAGAAACGGAUCAAUCGCAGGGCCGAUUGUCGACAGUUCCUUCGACACUUCAAGAUAUCUAAUCGCUGUAAAACUGUCAUAUCAUUCGCGAACGGUUCUUCUGAUAGAGGAAACGACUCGAUAUAAUUGCCCGGUCGCGUCAACAUCGCAGUUCAGUCUUUGUCGCGGAUUCGACGAAUCAUGGAAACCUGCCGGAAAUCGAUAGCCACGGUGCUACUAUUGUUGAUUUACUUGCUAACGUUACGAAUCGGUGACGCAGUCGCCGGACGCAACAACACAAGAGUCGAAAAUAAUCCCAAAAUUAUUCUGGAAGAACUGAUUAUCAGCGGGAGCGGCAAUGACACUCGCGUAACAGCGGACGCGGUGGCGGAAGAUGCUUCGAUGAUCGGUGAUCAGAUACUCUCGCUUCUAUCUAAGCGCGAGAUACGGCGAAGCGGACGUUCGAAGCAGAUGUCGUCAAAUUCGGAUCAGGACACGGCACAAUCGCGCACUGUGAUCGUCGACGUGAACGAUGAGGACAAUUUGGAAAGACUGAAGCACGUGAUCGCGAAAUACGAGCCGCAGAGGAUCACAUCAAGAAAAACCAAGAGGAAAAUCGUCAACGGUGCUCAUGAUGUACUACACGCCAAGGCCGCAGGGUCAACAACGGAUCUCGAGAGGGCUUAUGACGAAGUGCUGCGAAACAUAUCGCGAAGGGCGCCCGAAUUGACAUCUAGCAACGUUGCGACAUUGAAUCCUUAUUUGUCCCAGACGAGGAAGAAUCUGAGAAAAAUUUACAUUCCAGAAGCAACGAUUCUACCUGCAAAAGACGACAAAACGCAAAAAUCAGGUCCCGAUGCUGACUCUUCGUAUACGUCGCCCACUCUAAAAGAAAAGAAGACUAAGAAAUUACUUAAAAAGUAUUUGCAACUAAAUCGCACCGUUACACUUCCUCAGAGUUCACCGAUCGAAGAGUCAAGACUUAACAAAGAAAUUGCUGACGAAUCAAGCACGCCUGGAAGAUAUUUUGAACUUCCCAAUGGAAAGACGAAACCAAAAAAUGAAUCACUGUCCAUCGAACCAUCAUCAAAUAUUUAUUCCGAAUUGACGGAAGAGCCUGAAAACCGUCGCGAAUGGAACAUUCAAGACUCUUCGGUUCAAACUAUAUCUCCAUUUAUCCCACAAUCGAACAAUAAUAAUUCAUACAACGCUUUCAAUGUAAAUAACUUGAACUUUCCAAGUGAUACAAAUACCGUUCAGUUACUGUCAAAGUAUAACAGAAUACCGAGGCCAUUCUCCGUAUUGCGAUCGCCCGAUUCACCUGUCAUCGAGAUACCGUACGGGAAACCGAGCCCCUCACCAGCGAGUGUCAAUCGUCAACAGGUUGUCCGUUCCUCCGCAAGCGUUCUUCCGCUGAUUCUUCCAACGGAGACUCUUUUCAAUACGCCUUCGGCACAUCGUUACGUCGCGAAAAAUCACCUCAAACCUGAAGGAGAUUCUACAACACUCGUCAACACAGAGGCGAGUCCGCCGACGAGUCCCGCGAGCGAGAGAACCACCUUUGCAGAUUACGAUGUAUCUUAUACAGAUAUAAUCAGCACCACGACGAGUCCUCUGGUCACCAUCAACGAUCAGCGAAGGAUAUCCUCGUCGGAUUAUUAUGCCAUUACGGAGACUCCUGCGGAGCAGAUUGCUACGAGAACGGACUCCGCUAGGCUGAUUCAUAUUCCAAGUCAAACAUCCGCCUCAUACACUGUUCAGCAAGAGAAGAAUCCGCAAGCCGUACGCAGAGAUGGAUUUCUACCUAGGAUUACCGCCUAUAAUAAUCCCAAGGACGAAAAAUCGAAUUUAAACGCGAAUGCCGGACUCGCGUUGUACAAUAAAUUCGCGAGCGUGUACUCAACUAACGAACCUAAUGUAUUUAAUGUACCGAGAGCAGUCACGCAAAAUUAUCAAAACUUCAGGCAACCGGUGCAAUCUUUGCACGCGGUAACCUCGCAACAAGUUUCUACUCCUCUUUACGCAACUUUGAAACCUAUUUCUACCCCAUUGCUGAAAAACGGACCGAUUGCUUCCGCUAAACCUGCACUCGCUCCGUAUUAUAAUAGCGGAUUAUUCGUUUCGCAAAGAAAAGAAGGAAAAAAGCUUAAUGACAAUAAAAUAAACGCAGAAAAUGUCGAAAUAAACGAAUCUCGUGCCGCAGAUGCGGACAAAAGUAACACGGAAGCUGCUGAUAAUGAGAACAAUUUUGGAAAUCAUAAAACUCAGAUCAAUGACGGAGCUUACAAGAGUUACAAGACGUCGAAUGAACAACGCGACAAGGAGGAUCGCGAAGAGGAAGACAGAGAAGAUCGUUAUCAACAGCCGAAACGCAAUUAUGGCUAUCAGGAUAAAUAUCAUGAAUAUGAUAAAGAUAAUAAAGACGAUAAAAAUGAUGAUAAACGCGAAAAAUACAACGUUCGACAUAAAGAUGAAGAAGAAGAUGCCGAUGAAACGCAAGAGGACGAAUAUGUCAAUACUGAAAAAGAUGAAGACCAGCCUAAUCAUGGUGAUCGUUAUCAAUAUAAUAAACAUAAAUAUGAUAGAGAUGACUCUGAAGAAGAGGACAAACAACGUUACGAUCGUAAGAAAUAUGAUAAAGAAAAUAAUCGUCGCGAUGAACACGAUCAUGAGACUGACGUUAAACACAAAUUUCUAAGUACCAAUAAAUACUUUGACGGCCCACAAUAUAGCGAUUACGAAUCUCGCGAACCCGAUGAAAAAUAUCGCGAACGUUACGAUCGAAAGAAACUACCUCGUGAUAAGAAAAAUCGGGAUGAAGAUUCCGAAGAUGAGACCUUUGCCGAAGACAAACUGAUUGCUCGACGCUCUAAAGAUGAACUUGCUCGCAGACAACGCGAAGAAUACAAGAAGAAACAAAGUAAGGAUGAUAAAACGACGCAAAAGCGUAAGUACCAUCGUCAUCAGCAGGCUACCCCUCGAAGAGAUUCACAUCACGAAGAGCACAAGCAUGAGGAAUACGACGAAACUAAUCCUAAGCACGUUCGCGAGGAAUAUCGUCAUCUUCGACAGCACGUCAAAGAUGAUAAUCGUAGACACGAUAGUGAAAACGACAACGAGAAAACUCAUGAUCACGAGCACGGCGAGACUCAGGAACACGCGCAUAAACAUGAGGAGCAUCAUGAAAAGAAGAAAGAUGGGGGAGAUCACGAAUUCGAGGAAGGCGGAGGCGCGGAGCAUAAAGAAGAACAUCACGGACACGAUGGAGAAAAGGGACACAAAGGUUAUAAAGUCUGGCACGAGCAUGAGAAGGCUGAAAAGGGGCAUCACGACAAAGAACAUGCCAGCAAGGAGUACGACGAGAAAGAUGGCGAGGAGAAGAAGCAUGAGGAGGAGGGCGGAUUUCACAAAGAGCAUCAUCGCGGUGAAGCUGGUAAGAAGUCAGCAGAGUUUGGCGAGAAGGGUGAACACAAAAAAGGGCACAGUACGCAUGGCAAGCAUUCGGUGCACAAAAAGGACGAAUACGAGAAGAAGACAGAGUUCUUUGAUGAAUUCCACGAGGAUGGCGGCGUGGAGAAGCACGGCGAACAUAAUCACGAGCACGAGUCGAAGAAGGGCGGUCACGAGAAGAAGGGCCAUCACGAUGCCGCCGAUCAUGAGCAGAAAUACGGCAAGGAGGAGAAACACGAGAAGGGAGGUCAUCAUCACGAGCAUAAGGGCCAUAAAAUCGACGAGGGUCACGAUCAUCAUCACGAUCACGAUGAGAAGUACGGCAAGAAGGAGGGGCACGAGCAUGGGAAAAAGUGGAGUUUCAAGAAAGGCGACAACGGUGGUCACGCAGGUGGCGGUCAUAAUCGUUGAGGAGGACCUUAAUAAUAAUAAUGAACAG